AGCUACUUUUUCCGCAACUCCUGGUUCGUAGCCCUUCCCAUAUCUGGCACAAAAGAUCUGGACUGGAGUCAGAGGCAAAGAAUGAUGCACAUGCGACUACGGAGGAUAGUUCUAGCUCACAACGAUAUGUUUCUACAGCAGGCACAAUACGAGCGAGAACUGAUGUUGCGGCCGGAUCCAGAUAUGAGGAUCAAGAAGCCCGGAAAUAACGUUUACACUGGUUAUGGUGAUGUGGGAGAUAUAUUUUUUUAUUACGGAGUUAUGAAUGACGGAGCCUUCAUUCAAAAGUUCAAUACAGAGGAAGACAACGACGAAGAAGUGGAAGAAGACGUGAUAGACAUACACAUAGAUAAUCCCAUAGCCAAUGCCCCAAGGAACAAUUCAGAGGAAAACGUUUUCUACAGAAUACCCUACCUAGGUUUAAGGAUCAAUAUAGAAGUCAAAUGUCCGUUGUCUUACGCCCCUUUGAAAUUUUUGAAAAAGUAUAGCGAAAGUCAAUUACACAAGCUGAAGAUCAAGCACAGAACCAAAGGUCCGACAAGGAUACGAAUAAUUUUUGAAUGUGAAGGCGCAUCGUAUCCUCGUUUACCCACUUUUUAUGAGUACGAUUUCAAGCCAAAGAAUCUGUGAUUUUUUAUUGAUCUUAUUUAUAUUUUUGUGACCAGUUUUAAUUUUACAUUUUUUCGAGAAUACAUUUUAUGAUUUUAGCUAACU